GACCAUUGGUUUGACAGGUGUACUUUCGGUUUGGGUUUUUCUCAGAACUGGUGCAACCAGUGCAGUCUUUCCACCUGCACGUAUACAUCAUGGAACCUUUAUCGUCAAACAUAGCCGUGGAUGUGGAAUCUAUGAUCGGAUGUCCAAUACAGUUCACUGUUGGAAAGGCUGAACCGCCCCCCGUCCCCGACAUGUACCAAUAUUACUACCCAGUUGGGAACUGUCCCCCAGGGGAUGUGACCCACGGAUGCUGCAUCCCAACCCCCUGUAAUGUCCUUCUGCUGGGGUGUGGGGACGUAAGGUUCCUCCUUCACACCCUGGAUGCACUGCGCGAUCGCCUACUUGUCACGGGGCCAAAACCUACCCUCAACUUCCACUUGAAUGACAUCGAGGACGGGAUACUGGCCAGGACACUCGUCAUUCUGUACCUGGUUGACACGAUCGAUGUGAACAAUGGGAAUGACCUGAAGUUUCUGUGGGCUGUGUGGUACGAUGUGCUGCUUAGCAAGGCUCAUCUGACAAGACUGAAAGGGAUUAUGAAGGACCUUGUGAUGGUCAGUUCCGGAGACCAUGGGAUUAUAUUUGGCUCGCCCAAAACACAGGAGAAGGUCGUCCAUGCACUGAAAUGUUGGGGGAAAAAGAAAUUACGACCUGAAACAGUCAUUAGUGACAGGAAGGACUUCUGUUUUGGUGACUACAGUUCAGAACAAUACCCACAGACACCUACCCGGCGUGUAGGAUCCAGAUUCACGGAACAGCACCAGAUGUUCGUUGACACUAAGAGUCUAAGCAACAGACUGCACGAAGAAAUCUGCGAAUACGUACUGUGUGGUGUGACCAGAGUCAACUCAGGAUUAAAGACCAUGCAGGAAAUCCUCAAAUCUUUCCACGCCAACCCAACGUUCUAUCGCCCACAGGAGACGGUGUGGAAGGUGCAGGACAACUGCAGUCCCUUCAUGUGUUACAAUGUUGACUACCAACUGGAAAGAUAUGCCAGCACUACAAUCACGAUGUCGACGUUGUUCCUGGAGACGCUGAAGAAGUGGGUGCAGACAUAUCAACACAUCAGGCGUGACGGGUGGGAUCUCAAUAUCAGUCUGUGGCUCGGUCAUUGUGCGGAUGUGUGUAGUGAUGACUUACCUGAGGAUCUGAAAUUUGACUUCAUCCACACAACCAACACGGCCGACAAUGUAGGGAUUAUCCCUCUGCUUGUGACGUGUGAAGGCCGACUGAAGAGAGACAAUGGUGUAGUUAACAUUGAAAGCUACCACUGCAGCCUGUCCCAUACCAACGUACCUGAGACACUGAACUCGUGUGUGGACCUUGCGCUCACGAUGUAUCCCACCGUCCUCGGACUACAGCUGGCAGAAAACUUGCAUCUUGGUCACGAGCGCCCAUUGGAGAGUGGAUUCUUUGCGGGUUGUGGACGUUUGAUUCUCAACUGGAAAGUGGCCCCAGAACCAUCAAAGUUGACACUCACAGGAUCAGACGAAGUGUCCAAGUGUCUCCGGGCAAUAGUUCGCCCCAAUACUGACAGCAAGGCGACCAUGGGCCCAUUGAAAUUCAAGGGUGCAGGCUUUACAAUUGUUGAUACUACUUCAGUGAUAAAGCUUGUAAAAAGACUUGUGCAGUAUGUGGAGGGAGGAGGAGAACAGAUAGCGAAGAUAAUUGAAGGCUUUCUGAUGGGACCACUUCCUGCUUCAUUUGGGUUCUUGAAGGUCGCUGCUGAUACAGCUCUGGACGCAGGGAUGGAUACGUUGAGUUUGUCAAAUCAAAAGAGCAUCACAGAGUACAUCGAUCGUUAUGAAGUAACGGUCAGUGUCAGCCUUGACCAAAUGAAAGGACAAUUCACCUGUGACUACAGCAGCGACAACCACUUCGCCAUCGUGUACACAUUCGAAGAUUGCGGCACUGUCGUGUUUAAAACUGUAAUCAACUUUUCGUGCGCAGUUUCCUUAACCACAAGCAAGACACAGUUCUCACGAAAACGUGGUUUCAUAACUAGCACCUUCUUUAAAAAUGAGGAGCUGGCUUUUGGAGACCGGAUACUCCCGAAACAGAAGCUCUCCAUCACUGAUGUAGCUGGGCUGCCGGAAUUCCCAGAUUCCACCUUUGGAAAACAACUGAUUCACACACACCUUUACCGUAUCUACCCUAUUAACACGGACAAGUCUAUCUUGGAGCUGGAUAAUCCCAAACUCGCACAUCAAUUGCAAGGCGUCAUUCAGUUCCUCCUCCAAAGGGUCGCCGAGAACAGGAGCAGGACCAAGGUCCUGUGUGUACCCAUGUAUCUCCAGAGUCCUGAUCAAAUAUACAAGUGGGCAGGGGUUUUCCACGUGGAGGGGGUGAAGGUGUGGGAGGAGAGGCUGGCUAUGUUUGUCACCUGGUAUGACUUCGAAACGGCAUGGAUGUUAUUGAAAACGGGGAAAAUAACUCGUGAAGACAUAAUGAAGGUUGUGGUGGAUGUCGUACCGGACGAACUGCUCCCUCGCGUGGACAAGUAUCUGCCGGGUUAUGAGAUGUUGUCCAGGAUACUGAGACUGAACAGCUCACGUCUUCAACAGGAAGGCCGCGACGAGGUCCGCUGGACGUUCAGAACCUACGUACGACCUCGCUACAGCUAUCUCGCAUUCCGGUUAUUAGUGAAGGAAGUGAAUCUGAGUGCAAAAUAUGGGGAUUUUCCCGCAGACCAAGACAAUGCAAAAGAACAAAUUCAUAGGAUGCUGACUGAUAUGCACGAUAGAGAAGUCUCAAAGGAAACAGUGGACGAGUUGUACGAAGAAAUGAGGAAACACGUCCCUGGCUACAGCGGAUAUCCAAAGACAGUAACCCCUAGACAAGGGGGAGCAGCCCCCUGUCAGGGCAGCACGUCCAGGCAGGAAGCUUCGGAUAAUAGCUGCAGCAGCUGUGGAAAGGUGUCCAGUCAGUGCAAAAGAUGCGUAGGGUGUUUGAAGGUGACCUACUGCAACAGGGAAUGCCAGCGAAAGGAUUGGCCAGGUCACAAGAAGAAUUGCAAGAAAUAAACUUCACAUCCUUCUUCAAACGUUGUUACACAUGAGCAUGAAGUUGUGUCACGAAGGGUUUGGUAAUGCGUGGAAUGACGAUGUGUGUAGAUGCCACCAUGUAACAAUUAUCUUUCUGUGAAGAUGUUUCACGCUGUUCUUUACAAAUAUUUCAGAUUUUUUGCUCUAUUAAGAAUCUGGCAAUUCCUUUGGUAAAUCCGUACCACGUGACGAAAUAAUACGUUUCAAUGUAGACCCCGAAAUCAUGUGACUGACAUUGAUCUCGUGUAUUGACUCGUCACAUGAUCAGUAUUGACAUGUCACGUGAUGAAUAUUGACUCGUCUGCUAGAAAACAAGAUGGCGUCUCGUACGAACACUGCGCGGUUUGCAUCUCAGUUACUGUAAUGAGUGAGUGAGUUUUGUUAAACGCCGCUUUUAACAGUAUUCCAGUUAUACCGUUGCGUGUCAGCUUUAUGUGGAAGGAAAGCCCGAAGUGAUCCAGGUCUCAGACGUUUACCACUUCGG